AUGGAGCGUGAUUCCAUACAGAAGCAAAAGCUCGCGGGACGAGUGGCAAAGAGGGGCACGACAUCGAAGAAAAAGCACACUUUUGAGUCUUUCAAUCAGCGAAUCGCAAGGAUUCGGAUUGAUCCAGUCAGGCGACGCAGACAAGAGAAGUAUAAUGAUGGGGAUGUUCUGGAACAUGGUUCCUACUUCAAAGCCGCAUUAAGUGAAUGGAAAGAUUGUAAUCUAUCCGAGAGUUUUCGAUCUUUCGUCCCCGAAGUGGAUGGUCUCUGCCAGAGCUUACCGCAGAUUGUACACAACAACGAACGUCUCUUCGAGAUCCUCUUGAAUCACUUAAAGCAACGCGAUGUAUUAUCCCUUGAACCAUUAUUAGAUCUCCUUAGCCAGUUUGCUCGCGAUUUGGGAACGAAGUUUGAGCAUCACUUCAUGAAAGCUGUCGAGUUGGUAACUUCAAUUGCUGCGACACACAAAGAGGUGGAAGCCAUAGAAUGGAGCUUCAAUUCUCUUUCUUGGAUAUUCAAGUUCUUAUCCCGACUGUUGGUUCCGCACCUCAGGCCUUUGUUCUAUAUCAUGGCGCCCCUUCUUGGCAAGGAAACUCACAAGACGUACACUACAAGGUUCGCUGCCGAAUCGCUGGCUUUUCUGAUCAGAAAGGCUGCUAGCGCCUAUGUUCGACAUCCUAAGCCAUUACAAGAUAUUAUUCAAGCCAUAUGCAGCGACCUCGACGACACUAUUGAGAGUUCAAAUGGGAUCAGCGGUAUCGGUGGCUACAAAUUCGGCAUCAUGACCCUAUUGUUCCAUGCAAUCAAGGGCGUCGAUCGAAGGUUGCAUGCGUAUGGACUGCGGAUAUACUCUUGUCUGCUGAAGUCUACUAUGUCUGAGGACACGACAGGCCAAGCGAGUCGAGACGCUCUGUAUGGUACAACAAUCGCUUUGAUUCACCACACAAACAUUGAAGGUCUAGGACCUAUUGUGGAUGACAUCCUGAACGAGAUCAACCAAUUAAAUUCAAGUUCUACGAAUGUAAUGUUAGAUUCAUUGACGCAUCUGUUGUUCCUGGUAUCUGCUGUACGGAAAGGUUCGCGUAUAGGCGAAUGGCACAAUAUUCUAGACGCGAGUCUGACAUUACUACGAUGCUCUAUGGCUGUAGGCACAGAACAAACCUUGCGUGUCUUCGAAAUGGCUGCUCUCAUAUUCCAAACCGCACCGCUCGAGGUAGUUCUACCAUACUUCAAUUCAGCAAUGACAAUGAUCACUACUGAUGAUCAUGAACAAAUAUUCCUGUCGUUUUGUAACUCCUUCAGCGACACUGGAGAAGAGCGAUUUCACGAACUUCUUAUGCCACAUUUCGAAAGAUUCGUCGCUCUUAAGUGGAAAGACAAGAGACUGCAGCUGUUGUUGCUUAUCAACAAACUCGCCGCUAAUGCAAGCCAGAGGAAAUUUGAGAUACCUGACGCAUGGCAGGAGCAUAUGCUCGAACAAUCCCAAAAACUCCCUGAAAACACCGAAGAGGCGGUCGAAAUUUUCCACACUGUGACGUCCCUACAGUUUAUGUCCAUGUCAAACAGCAUCCAGAAGAACGUCGUGGAGAGUCUUGGAAUCCACAUUGAUCAUUGCUUGAGCGAAGACCGUGCUGACUCUACGCCCAACUUCACUGUCAUCUCUUUCGUGAAGCAGUAUCUCAAUUGCAACUCAGGCAAGAUUACUCGCUUUGGCGCAUGGUGGUCUGCGUUGUGCCGCGAUGCUACAAAGUACAGCACCCAAAUGCCCUAUUUGGAGGCAAUGCUUAGUCUUUCCAAUAUUCGAAACGAGUCGGCCGAAUUUCUCAAUUCUGAAACAUUGAUUGACCAGCUCAUGUAUAAUCUGCAAUCCUCAUCUUCUGCACUCAGGCUAGUCUCUUUGAAAAUACUGGAUUCAUUUGGUCCAAGUGACGGUAAAAAGCGCGCGCACUUCCUCAGCAGUGCAAUAGCUAUAGAAGAGACCCCGUUGGGUCUCCAAUCGGCCCGUUCAGUUGCGGUGCGAGUUCGGACUCUAGCCUCAGACUACAAGACAGCUUCAACAGAUCGCAUAUUUAGGCAGGCAUUUCCUCAUUUUUGCUUUGGCAUGCUAACAUAUAAGCUUGCACAAGCUCAGGAAGCCGCUUUGGAAGCAUUAAGGGAAAUCUGUGAGAUCAAAGUCGGCGAGGAUAUUGUUUCUACAGUUGUUUUUGAAUGGCUCGCGAAACCUCGUCCAGAAAGCAGCAGCAACAAGGCUGUCAAUACCGACAAGAUGCACCUAGAAUUGCCUAACUGGUCUACAGAAUUCGAAUGCUCGAAUGUGAAAGACCUCAUGCGCUUGCUAAAACGGAGCAGAUCGGAGGUUAAAGAUGCUCCAAAAUUACUCAAAGAAAGUUAUUAUGCCGAUUCGGCAGAGAUAUCUCGAGAAGUACCAGAUGCUCAUUACCUAGCUUUGAAGGUGUUGCUCACCGUCCCAUGUCUUGUCGAGCGAUCCUCUGGAAGACUUGUCCCGCAUUUCUUAUCGUGGGCUGCGGACGUAAAUCCUGGUGACACGAAUUGCGAGGUCACUAGCUCCUGGCCAUCGAGGGAGCGCAAGAUAAUGGUCAACAUCUUUGCCAAAUGUUCCUGGCCUCAGAAUCUCUACAUGGCAGAUCGAGUCCUCCACGCCUUAACGCAAAUUCUUGCAUGUGGUGAUACUGAAUUUCAAAAAACCGCGCUGCAGGCUAUAUUCAAUUGGAAAUUUCCAGAGAUUGUACCGUACAAGGAGAACCUUUUGAACCUCCUGGACGAAGCUCGACUAAGGGAUGAGAUUACUGCUUUUCUAAGUGGAGACGGCGGAAUUUCCGUGCGACAAGAUCACCGUGCUAAAGUGAUGCCAAUAUUGCUAAGGCUCCUGUACGGCCUCAUGAUUGUACGUACAGGUAGCAAAGGGGCCCGAGGAAAUCAAUCAUCAAGGCGAAAAGCAAUUCUACAAGCCGUUUCCAAUUUGGGCGCCCCGUAUUUUGCAGAAUAUCUGCACAUUGCUUUGGAGGGACUUUGGCAUCUGGAGCUAGUUGACGGUAAAGCUGUGAACGAGGCCAUUCUUGAGCAACAGAUUAUACCACCACGAAAACAAAUCGGAGUUCUCAAUAUGAUCAAGACGUUUCUGGAAGUGCUUGGCAGUGAUCUUCUGCCUUGCGCGCGAUCUCUCAUAGAAGCGACAUUGUAUUGCGGUAUUCGUGCUGCUCGCUUGCUCGAAUCUAGCCGGGAUGGUGAAAGGCAGGGGCCAGAUGCCGCUUCUUGCACGUCACUCCUGAAAGAUGUUCGACAGACAAGUAUGAACUGCCUCGUUCUCAUAGCUUCUCGCUUCUCGCCUCAAACACUGGAGCCCUAUGUCUCGACGACAUUUAGGCAUAUUCUGAGUUGCAGGUUAGAAAAUCUUGCCGUAGAGUCGUCACAGUCCAUCUCGGGAAUCUUGCAACUGUUUGCGACGUGGGCAAAAUCCUUGGUUGGUGUCCAUUUCCUCUUAGACUUCGACCAAAGAACGCUUGAAUCAGUAUCCAAAAUUCCACUCGCUAGCUCAUGCAAAGAUGAGGUCGUGGUCUUCAUAAUAGAUGACAUCCUGAUGCACAUCUUACAUGCACUCAAAGCUACGACAUCCGAAUCUGAUGGUAAAAUCGCGACGGCAUCUUCAACAACUUUGAGAGUUAAAUUCCUCGGCACAUAUACUGACUGCAUAUUGUAUACAAUGGCACACGUCCUCGAAACGAACUCUAACAAGCUCCUUUUAGAUGUCAGUAUCCAGGUUGUGGCUGAAAUAGCAUCAUUAGUGGAGAAUAGUUCAGCUUCAAUUCGUCCGAUACUAGCUCUGUCAAUACAGCUAUUAGGUCUACCAUCUCACCGUAUUGGUCCAAAGUCAAAAGGUGAGCUUUUGCGGAUUGUAGAGCGCUUCUUGAAGAUCGACCAAUCUCAAAUGCCGAAAGAAACAUGGGAUUGUGCGUUCAAGAUCCUUUCAUCGCUGUUCGGAUACUUCAAGGACCGUGAAAGUCGCCAGAGGUUGUGCAAAGCCUUUUCCGCCCUUCUCGAUGAAGAUCUCGAGCUCGCAGAGACAGCGUCUAUAUGCGAGAAAUUAAAUGCAUUCUCUGAUCGCAAAAUUGGAGAGCCAGAUUUCGAUACAAGGCUCAAGGCUUUCAACCUAAUCAAUGAAUUCAGAUGGCAAGAUCUUUCGGCGAAAAGCUGGACACCCUUGCUCUACAACAUGCUUUUCUUCGUCCGCGAUGAAGAAGAGCUUGCAUUACGGUCGUCUGCUGGAUUGAGCUUGCGUCGUUUUGUCAAAGCAGCAUCACUAGACGACGGCACUCAGCGAAGGGACCUAUGCGAGCUUUCACAUGCUGUACUUUUGCCAGCCCUCCGCAAGGGCGCAUUUGCAACGUCUGAGUUAGUCCGCUCAGAAUAUAUUGGUAUCAUGGCGUUUCUGGUGCGCGAAAACCCAUCGUGGUCUGAAAUUAGUGAUAUGCGCCCCUUGCUCAUGGACAAUGACGACGAAGCUUCUGUCUUUUCAAACAUAUUACAUAUUCAGCAACACAGACGAAUUCGAGCAUUGCGCCGUCUCGCAGCGUGCGCGAAUCAGUGUCUGCUCCGCAGCCAUAAUGUCUCUCAGUUCCUGAUUCCCCUAAUUGAACAUUUCAUUUUUGAUGCUACCGGAGACGACGCAGGAAACGAUCUGAGUGGCGAAGCUUCUACAGCCAUUGCAGAGGUUGCUUCGUCUUUGGAGUGGCCACAAUACAAAGCAGUCUUUCGUAGGUACAGCAGCUAUUUGGUUAGUAAGCCCGACGCCCUGAAGAAGGUCACCAGACUGCUUAGUUUAUUUGUUGGCACGUUGAUGGAGGCAGCGAAGGCAAGACAGAAGGAGGAAGAGGGAAAUGUUCCGACUGUCAAUCCGCUCGUUGCAUGUGACACCUCACGAUUGACUACGCUCAGCAAGACACUUCCAAAAACAGGUGGGCUUGCAGGUGACAUAGUCGACAAUCUUUUACCACCUUUGACGAGCUUUGUCCACGACAAAGAUGAAGCAAGGGUUAGCCUUCGUGUAUCAGUAGCGGUUGCCCUGAGCAAGCUCCUCACAAUACUUCCCCAUAUCCACAUGGACAGUCAACUGCCCUCAAUAUUGACAGAUGUGUGCAAUAUACUACGCAGUCGUGCACAAGAUUCAAGAGAUCUCUCAAGGAAAUCUCUAGCCGAGAUGCUUCUAUACAUGGGCCCUAGAUACUUUUCCUUCGCCUUGCGAGAACUACGUGGCGCCCUUGCACGAGGCUAUCAGCUGCACGUCCUGUCUUAUACAGUCCACUCGCUCCUAGUCACCACUUCUUCUGUCUAUGCUCCUGGUGAUCUUGACUACUGUCUUCCCCAAAUCGUUAGGAUUAUGAUGGAUGACAUCUUCGGGUCAGUUGGUCAAGAAAAGGAUGCCGAGGAAUACAUCAGCAGAAUGAAAGAAGUCCGAGGCAGCAAAGCUCUUGACUCAAUGGAAUUGGCCGCAAAGCUUACUUCUGUCACCCAUCUCGGCAAUCUUAUCAAGCCACUCGAGGCCAUGCUUGGAGAGAAGCAUGAUGUACGCACCACCAACAAGGUGAACGAGCUGUUUCGCCGCAUAAGCGCCGGACUGGCUCAAAACAAGGCAAUAGAAGACCAGCGCGUGCUGGUGUUCUGCCAUGAGAUUCUUCUUCAUGGUUACAAAUCGAGGGCUAGUGCCUCUGCAGCCGUUGACAAAGACGAAGCUGGAGUCCCUGGCUUCGCAUCUAGCCACAAGACGGCAAACAAACGUAUGAGUCAUGAUCUUUCAACUUCCCCUAAGCUUGUUAGUUUUGCGCUCGAUGUCCUUCGCAUGAUCCUUCACAAACACAAUAAUCUACAGACUCCGACAAAUCUGCAUGGCUUUAUGCCUCUAAUUGGAGACGCAAUCACAACACCAACUGAAGAAAUCCAGAUCGCUGCUUUAAGACUGCUGACAGCCAUAAUCAAAGUUCCCUUGAAAGCAAUCGACGAUAAUACGAAUGUAUAUUUUAUGGAGUGCGUGAAGAUAAUCAGGAGCUCUUCCUCGACGACUGCAGAGUUAGCACAAGCAGCAUACAAGUUGAUAUCGACCAUCUUACAGGAAAAACAACCUACAGAUCUGCGCGAAGGCGACCUUGCCUUUCUGCUAAAACGACUGAUCCCUGACCUAGAAGAACCUAGCAAACAGGGUUCGGCGUUCAAAUUCCUUAAGGCAAUCAUGAGUUACAGAGCCAUUGUUCCAGAAGUUUACGAGGUUAUGGAUCUGAUAAGGACUAUGCUGGUGACAAAUCCUACGCAAGAUGUCCGGGACCAGGCUCGUGGCGUUUAUGUCCAAUUCUUCACGAAUUAUCCCCAAAGCAAGGAUCGGUUUUCGAAGCAAAUCAACUUCCUCAUCAACAACUUAGAUUACAAGCAUAUGGAAGGUCGCAUAUCCGUGUUGGAAUUGAUCAAUGUUUUGCUCAUCAAAAUGGAAGAUUCGACAUCGCAACAAAUGCUCGGGAGCCUCUUUGGACCACUCGUAAUGGUCAUCAUCAAUGAUGAAUCUGACAAAUGUCGGGAAAUAGCUAGUCUGCUGUUGCAUACUUUAUUCAAGUGUGCAGAUCCCGAACGCAAACAGCUCUUCCUGAACACAAUGAGCUCAUGGCUGAAUCAAGCUGAAGAACCACUUUUACACAGGGCUGCAUUUCAAACGUUCUGCAUCUACCUCGACACAAAUUGCAGCCAGAGUGAGAGACAGAUCCGUAGAUUCCAACCACAGCUUACGACCGUUCUGGAAGCCGCGACGGACGACGCAACCAGGACUGAUUGGCAACUGCUAUAUGUUGUACUUCAAACCAUCUCAAAGAUUUGCCAUCAUCUUCCUGCGCUCGCGUUCACGACUUCCUUUGCGCCGGUGUGGUCAAAGAUUCGCCACUGCUUGUCAUAUCCCCAUUCCUGGAUAAAACUGUCGGCAGCAAAGCUAAUGGGCGCCUACUUUACCAAUAUUUGGGGCUCUGAUGUAAGUGAUGAAGGAAUCACUUUUCCCGUCAAAGGUGCAACUGGUCUUUCCAUCAGUGAAGAUGAAGUCGUUGAAAUCGUUCAAGUCUCAUUAAGCUCCCUUCAAGGGUCUGCCGGUUGUGAUGAGCUUGCUAAUCAAUGUGUGCGCAAUCUUCUAUUUCUAGGACGACUCAUGAUACGCACAUCCCUAAUCUGGCCGGAACUCCAUCCAGGCACCCAGAAUGGUUGUCGCAUUGGGGGAGAGGGAAGUUGUUGUACGGAUAGCGAUGACGAAAACUCUACCCAGCAACCAAAGCAAAAGCUUGCGAUCACUUAUAUGACUCAGCAAGUCUCGAGAUUCUUGCGUCGCCCGCCGUCCACGACUCGUGCUUCCUCUCUAACACCCUUGAAAUCCUCGUUACAGCUACUGGCGCUCAUUACAAAGUACAUGUCUGUGCCGAUGUUGUGCGCACACAUGGCCACUAUCCUGUUGCCCCUCUACCAAAUGACGAAUACAAACAGUACCAUACCUUUCAGCACAGACGCUGGAUUCACCGAGGACUAUGGUGUCCUCGUAUCCAAUGUAGGAGAUCUGAUGUCUAAUCUGCAGGACAAAGUGGGCACAACAGCUUAUGUUGAAGAAUUGCAGCGUAUCAUUGAGAUAGUUAGGAGAAAAAGAGAAGCCCGGCGAGCAAAACGAGCGAUUGAACGAGUAGCGUUUCCUGAGCAGGCUGGGAGGCAAAAAAGAAGAAAAAGUGACAAGAAAAAGGAAAAGAGGAAGGAGAGGAGCAGCGGUCAUAGAGCGUUGAGGCGGGGUUGGUAG